UCACAGAUAUCAGCGCGAGCGGCGGCGAUAGUGCAAGAUCCAGCCCGGAGCCAAGCGAAGCUCACGCGGCCUCACUGAACCCUAUUCUCCGCCAAUUUACACCAUAAUCAUAAAACAACGGGACGGGCCGCUAGUGCACUGUGAGUAGGAAACGACAUUUACCACACAAACAAGUCGGUCUGUGUAGGUUUCGGACUGCACGUUUAACGGAAUAUUGACUGGGGAUUAUUUUCUUCGGUACGGUUAAGUGAAGACAAGACCUACCUUUCAGAAGACCUGGUUCCGCGCAAGGGUUCGCAACAAUUUGUACCAGUCAAUUAUAGCGAGAAGCUCUUGCGGGCAGCUACCAACGUUUGCAGAUAUCCUUUCUUCCUCCAUUUGAACUGACGCCGGAAGAUCUGGGAAUACCAAUUCUGUUCACCGUUUACGUGUGUUCAAAAGGAACUGUUUCUUCCCCUGAUUUGGUCGCUCCUCGUUCCACUACAUCAAGAGACACAGGGAUUGCUUGCGGACGGAAUGCGCCUCUCCUAGAAGUAGUUUAAUCGUGUUGAAGAACGACUGAAUUCGUGUUAUCUUCCAAAAGGGGGCAUGUCGAACUAAGGCCUCAGAAGUGGGAUCGCUCGAGCUCCUCCUGUCAGCUGGAGCUCCCCCGUGAUUGGACGGGAGACCAGUUUGCUCCGCCCACCCCAUACUCACCUGAGCACGAUGAGGAGGUUUGCGUACUGUAAGGUGGUGUUAGCCACAUCCCUGGUGUGGGUGAUGCUGGACAUGUUCAUCCUGCUCUACUUCAGCGAGUGCAACAAGUGUGAUGACAAGAAGGAGCGAGGACUACCUGGGAGAGAGUCGGUGGUGCAGAGGUCCCAUGAUGGUCCAGGGGAGAUGGGCAAGGCGGUGGUCAUACCCAAGGACCAGCAGGAGAAGAUGAAGGAGAUGUUCAAAAUCAACCAGUUUAACCUGAUGGCCAGCGAACUCAUCGCCCUCAACCGCUCCUUACCAGACGUCAGGCUAGAGGGGUGUAAGAAUAAGCUGUAUCCUGAUGAUCUCCCUCGCACAAGUGUGGUGAUUGUGUUUCACAAUGAGGCCUGGACCACCCUACUGCGCACCGUUCACUCUGUCAUCAACCGGUCACCACGGAAACUACUGGAGGAGAUCGUGCUGGUGGAUGAUGCCAGCGAAAGAGACUUCCUGAAGCGUCCGCUGGAGCAGUAUGUGCGUAAGCUGGAGGUUCCGGUGCGGGUGGUGCGGAUGGAGCAGCGCUCUGGCCUGAUCCGGGCGCGGCUGCGCGGGGCAGCGCUCUCCACCGGCCAGGUCAUCACCUUCCUGGACGCCCACUGCGAGUGCACCACCGGCUGGCUGGAACCCCUGCUGGUGCGCAUCAAAAUGGACAGGAGGACAGUGGUGUGUCCCAUCAUUGACGUGAUCAGUGAUGACACAUUCGAGUACAUGGCCGGCUCUGACAUGACCUACGGAGGCUUUAACUGGAAGCUGAAUUUCCGCUGGUACCCAGUGCCCCAGAGAGAGAUGGACAGGAGGAAAGGGGACAGGACCCUGCCAGUCAGGACUCCCACCAUGGCUGGGGGCCUGUUCUCCAUAGACAGAGAUUACUUCCAGGAGAUUGGCACUUAUGACGCUGGCAUGGACAUCUGGGGUGGAGAGAACCUGGAGAUAUCCUUCAGGAUCUGGCAGUGUGGUGGGACACUGGAAAUCGUGACCUGUUCUCACGUUGGUCACGUGUUCCGUAAGGCCACACCUUAUACAUUCCCUGGCGGAACUGGACAGAUCAUUAACAAGAACAACAGACGGCUGGCCGAGGUGUGGAUGGACGAGUUCAAGAACUUCUUCUACAUCAUCUCACCAGGAGUGACUAAGGUGGACUACGGGGACAUCUCGUCACGUAGCUCUUUGAGGCAGAGACUGCAGUGUAAGCCCUUCAGCUGGUACCUGGAGCAUAUCUACCCUGACUCUCAGAUCCCACGUCACUACUACUCACUGGGGGAGAUUCGUAACGUGGAAACGAACCAGUGUUUGGAUAACAUGGCACGAAAGGAGAAUGAAAAAGUGGGGAUAUUUAACUGCCACGGCAUGGGAGGCAACCAGGUGUUCUCGUACACGGCCAGUAAAGAGCUGAGGACCGAUGACCUGUGCCUGGACGUCUCCAAGCUAAACGGCCCGGUCAUGAUGCUCAAGUGCCACCACCUGAAAGGCAACCAGUUAUGGGAGUAUGACCCUCUGCGGCUGACUCUGGUGCAUGUGAACAGUAAUCAGUGCUUGGACAAGGCCUCGGAGGAGGACACGCAGGUGCCCAGCGUGAGGGACUGCAGCGGCAGCCGCUCCCAGCAGUGGCUGCUCCGCAAUGUCACACUCCCCGAGAUGAUCUGAGCGCGUGCGCACGUGCACAUACACGCACGUGCAUGCGCGCAACCCACGCCCACGCCGGGGAGACAGGGUGACCAAGGAGAGAAAGGAAGAAAGGAAGAAAGAGAGAGAGAAAGAGAGAGAGUGGGAGAGAUUUAGGACUGAGAUGUCUUGAACUCCUCUUUUUUUCCCCCUUCGGUGAUGGAAGAACAGAUCAGCCCAUUAUUUCACCCGAUAGAUAGAGAGAGACGGAGAGAGAGACUCUGUCGUUCGGUCGCUGCAAAGAGAGACAUCAGUUUGGUGCGCUCAUCGUCCUCCAAAGAGGAGCAUAUCAAUUAUGUUUACGAGACAGCCUUCCUUAGUGUGUGUGCGUGUGUGAGAGAGAGGUGAUAAUGUAUGCUGGAGUGUGUGUGCAUGUGUGUGUGAGAAGGGGAGAGAGCGGAAGAGUCUCUUCCUUCGGUAUUUUUUAUUUAAACCUUUUUAACAUUUCAGAAGGAGAAGAGUGAGCAGAAAUGAAGUGUGUGUGUGUCCGGGUGUGUGUCCGGGUGUGUGUCCGGGUGUGUGUCCGGGUGUGUGUGUGUGUGUGUGUGUGUGUGUGUGUUGGUGAAAUGCUAUGGAGACUUGCUCAUGAGAUGGACUGUGCAGGCCCCAGUGGACCCCUCCACUGAGCGAGGGCCAGUGGGGAGCUGAAGGACCUCCACACCAGAGGAACGGCUCCCCCUGUUGCUGGCACACAGAACUGCUAACCGGGUGACCUCACCUGUCAAUCAAACUCGAAUCCGCAGGAAGGCCGCCCAACCUGAGGAACUCAAAGCGUUGAUCAUCAGUUAGUUAAUCAAUCAAGCUAAAAUCACUGAUCAUUACACAAGGUGUCAGGCUCUGGACUAGUCCAGGACAAGAAUGACCCAAGCGGCUGGAUGGGAGCACUUCCAUAUUCAUGUGGAUGUUUGUUUUUCUGAGGUUUGUUUUUGUAAGUUACUGAUUUGGUGUUGAUGCCAGUGCCACGUAAGUGCUCAUAGUUUUGAUUUCAAGUGUUAACGUUGAGCUUCUCUGUUUACCUGUUUUGUUUUGUAUUAAUUUGUGGCCUGUGUCUUUGCCGAUGUGUGUAGCAUGUAAACACUUACACACACACACAUACUGUAUUAUGUGCACACACACACACAUACACACACACAUACACAGAGAGGUCCGUGUCUUCCAGGUGACCUUAGCACUUCCCUCUUAAAGUCAAUUACUCAAUUGUUAGACUUGCUGUCAUAUCAUUUAUUAUCACCAUGACGGAAACAGUGUUUGCAUGUUUUCUCUCUCUCUGUGUGUGUGUAUGUGCAUGUGCACGUGUGCGCACAUAUUCACUCAAGGAUACAUGCGUGAAUGUGUGUUUGUUUGUGUGUGUGUGUGUUUGUGCACACACCAUGGACUGAUCACUCUAAAGAGAUUCAUUCUUUACCUUUUUCCGUUGAUAUUUCAUUUUGGUUUACUUUGUGUCAUUUUUGGUUUGUUUACAUGUGUGUGUGUGUGUCUGUGUGUGUGUAUGCAUGUGUCUGAUUUUCUCAUAUCUGCCCAGUGUGGCACUCGCAGCAUGUGUUGUGGUGUCGCCCUGUGGGUCUGUGGGAGUGAGCUUAUGAGUGGAUGACUUGAUACGUAGGUGGACGUCUGCUUGUCCUCCCCCCUGACCUCUCGUGACCUCUGGCGUGUAUGAGGAGCGCCCCCGCGCAUGGCACUGAGCCUCCUCCUCUGCAGGUGUCCUCUUCCUGCUCUGAACUCUCUCUUGCCCCGUAAGACUAAAGCUUCUUAUGCCACUGCUCCGUGGAGCUCUAUUUGAUCAGCACUCAGAUUUGAGACUGUUGGAAGCCCCCGUUUCUCUCAGCAGAAAAACCCCUUCAAUCUUAAAGAACAGAACACUCCGUAAGAGCGACUGGCUGUAAAAUCAGCCGAAUGGUACUCACUAGCUUUUUCAUUUUUAAACAUAAUCAAUCUUUAAAAUGGCAUUAUUCGAAUUAUUCCCAUUGGCCAGUUCACGUGGCUUGAAACGGUAAAAGUGGUUGCAGUAAGACGACACUCGACAGGAAUGUCAGGAGAAAGGGCACGGGGGAAAAACAUGAUGUCACAGUGACACAGCAGAGACGCAGAUCAAGCAGACGCCAGGAGCCAGGGAGGCAGGAUCCCUCUGACUUGGCUCAGCUGACAAGGUCCUGGAGGUCAAGUGAUAUCAGUUUGCGCAGUCUUUCAUUUCAGUCAUGGUCUUUCAUUUCAGUCCUGUAUGUUUUGUGGUUUUGAACAUCACUGUUGAACAUUUUUGGCACUUACAAGUAAAUACAAACCAUACAAAAUAGACAAAAUGACUUUGAGUGACCCUGGCUUUGAGUACGAGUAUGACACUCAUGUAGUAUUUGCCACUGACCACACUGACUUCAAUGGUGCCAUUUAGAACUAUGAUUUACCAAGCAAACAUGGCAGCGCCCAGUGUGUUUGUUUGAGUGACUGGCCCUGUACUUUACUAGAGAUGCUAACGCUACCGCUAAUGCACAGCUUCCUCCAAUCUAAUGAUACCUCUGUGCUUCAGGCAGCCCGCCGCCCCCGUACAUCUCCACUUGUGUGCGCAUGAGUGUGUGUGUCUGUGUGAAUGUCGAGUGUGUCUGUCAUAGUUUUUUAUAAGAAAUGGAGGGAUGUGUUGAGGAGGUAGGAAGAGGAGAUGAUUGAGGAGUGCUCUCUAGGCUGGAGUGAUCCACGGGCUGGAGAAAUAAAAACCGUUUACACACA